AUGGGGAGGUUUCGGACACUCGCAGUGAAUGAUUCUGGUGUCCUUGGGAUCGAGAGUCUGGCAAACACGCCCAUUUGGAUGUCGCGCAUAGUCCUUACAGUAAGAGGCAUGACCAACUUCCUUCCAGCACAGUGGAUCACCACAAAGCUUGUUGGCGGCAACAUUGGUGACUGUAACCGCAAUAAGAGCAAGAUAGCGGGCGAACAUCGUGAAUGCCGGUGCAAAGGAUAA